UUCAACAGGAAAAAAAGUGGUGUAGGAGCCUAAUUCUCUCUGUAAUCCAAUAUACAUAAUAGAUCCUAAAUUUUAAGCCCAGAUCUCCGGAAUCAUGAGUUCCUUUUCGCAACUCGCUUGAGCAUACAGAAACACAUAAGGAAAGCAAAGACAAAGCUGGUCAAUCAAAAGACUCAGGAAGGCAAUCGGAGAAAAUGGAUAAGGCCAAGAAAUUUCUGGAACUGACCGAAGAGGAAUCAGAAACCGUUCCGAGCGGCCCAUUCGUUCCAGGUUCGUGCUUCUACCUGGAUUUUUCCUUCAAAGGCAUCCGAGUCGACCGAGUCGAACCAGGACUCGUCGUUUGCAUUUUCAAGGUCCCUCCUCGCCUCACUGAUAGGGAUGGGAAAUUAGCAAAAGGAGCAAUUGCUAAUAUGGUUGAUGAGGUGGGUGCUCUAUUAAUCCACGAUGAGAGUCUCCCUAUGAGUGUAUCAGUGGACAUGUCUAUCUCAUAUUUAUCCACCGCCCAGGUUGAUGAUGAGCUGGAGAUUACAUCGAGGCUAUUAGGACAAAAAGGAGGAUAUUCUGGAACUGCAGUGUUGAUUAAGAACAAAGCAACUGGAGAGAUUAUAGCUGAAGGUCGACAUUCACUGUUUCUAAAAUAUAACAGCAAACUCUGAUUUCACUGCAUUAGUGUAUCAAAUAUAGAAAAAAAAAAAAUUUGUUGUUAAUCCAGAACUUUUUAUGUAUUUUGACUCUAGGUUCCACCUUGUAUUUGUUACUUGAUUUCGACAAAUAUUCAUCGUAUUUAAGCUUUUCA